CUUCGGUUUCCACUCGGAUGACAUUUACGGACGGACCAAAGCAGGAAGUGAGUAAAGGCAGCAGUCAGUGCGAUGAAAGGUUCUUUAAAACAUCAGUAAAACAUUAAAAGGUGAAUCUUGACCCGGUGUUUGCGGUGAUGGAUGGAGGUUUGACGAAGGCCGCGGCUCUGCGGGGCUUCGUGGCCGACACACUCUCCGCCGCCUCCCGGGACAUUUUAGCGGCGCUGGACGGGAUCGUAGCCGAGUACGAGGCGGAGGCUUCGGGCUUCAGACGGGAGCUGGACCGGCAGAGGAGACAGCUGGAGCUGCUGCAGCCUCAGGUCGCCCUCAGCUCCCCCGGUGUGAAGCGCCGCCGGAGCUUCGUCCCUGCUGAGGAAGAGGAGGCUGGAGAUCAGGAGUCUAGUGAGAACCUGAACUCGACGAGUCCGCCGAGCAGAUCUUUGCCCUCCAGAUGUCCGCAUGGCAGCAGGACACCCGGCAGACCUCAGAUCAGAGAACCGCAGAACCACAUCGACCUCAGGAUCUGCGUCCUGGAGAACUCCAACGCCAGCGUCCUCUCAAGAAACGCGCCGAAGAAAAGUCCGAUCCUGGACCUGAAAUGUCCUCGAGGUCUGCGGGAGGCCGACUUCCUGGACCUGCUGAGAUCCGCCUCCCCUCAGCUCCACGAACCGUUCGACAUCCUGACGUCGGACCGAAGGCGACGGUUACAGCCAGUGAAGGUGAAGACGCUGACGGCCGAAGAGAUCCUCAACAGCAUCGGCUGCACCGGACGGAAGACGCCGACGCUCUACGUCCGACCAAAGAUACAAGACGAACCUCAGGACGGAGACGAAGAGAUUCUUCCUCUGCAGACACCAAACAGCUGCUCGGUCUCGUCGAUGUGUGAGGAUCCGAAUCAGCAAACGAGCGGCCCUGUCGAGGAGGUCGAAGGCAGCAGAUCGAACACCGAGUUGCAGCAGCAAGACGACGAAACUGAGGAAGCUGCCGAAGAAGACGCAGCUGAGGCCAAAGCAGGAGGUAGCGAAGACGACGAGAAGGAGGAAGAACGAGACGAAGUGAGCGACGACAACUGGAAACCAGACAAGAGCGACGAGAAGCCCAAGAAACUGCAGUCGAAGAAACGCAAAGCGAGACGUUGUGGCGUCGCUGCUUUCUGCUGCAGAGUCUGUGGAGCUCUGCACCAAUCGGAGGCCUCGCUGGUCAAACACGCCCGGACUCACGAGGAGGUUUCGGUUUGUGGCGUUUGCGGCGAGCCGUUAGAGGCGGAGGACGCCUUAAAGGAUCAUCUCCAAAGCCGCCACAGAACUGAAGCCUGUCACAUCUGUGGAGAGUCUUUCGUCGGUGCUCUCAGCCUCGAUGAGCACGUUGCCGCCCACUCGGGGGAGAAACCGCAUGAAUGCACCGUUUGCCGGCGUGCGUUUGCUCUGAAGGCGACGCUGGAGAAUCACCAGAAACUUCACGAGGCGGGAAAACAGUUAAAAUCCCACCGCAGGACACACGUCAACAGGAAGUCGCACCUGUGCGGCGUGUGCGGUAAGUCACUCAGCGACUACCGGUCGUUGUCCCGCCACAAGAUGACCCACUCCGGGGAGAGACCACACAGCUGCCAGGUGUGCGGGAGGCGCUUCAAGCUCCCCGGAACUCUGAGGCAACACGAGAAGAUCCACACGACCCGAGAGCGAUCGUACCUCUGCGACGUCUGCUGCAAGAUGUUCCUGACCGGCAAGCAGCUGCAGAUCCACAUGAGGACGCACACCAACGAGAAACCGUACCACUGCGGCGAAUGCGGCCGCGGCUUCACCACCAAAGGGCCGCUGACGGUGCACAUGCGGGUCCACACCGGGGAGGCGCCGUACCGCUGCCCCGACUGCGGCUGGGCCUUCAAGCGCAAGACGAACCUGGACAACCACGUGGCGAUCCACUCGGGCGUGAAACCGUUCGUGUGCGGGAUCUGCGGGAAGGCGUGCGCCCGUAAAACGUACCUGACCGUCCACAUGAGGACGCACAACGGAGAGAGACCGUACAAAUGCGCCAUCUGCGAGAAAGCCUUCACCCAGAGCCACUGUCUGAAGACCCACAUGAAGAGCCACCAGGCGGAGGAAAACGCAACGUGAAGCAGACGGAGAGUUAAAUUAUUGUUUUGUCCUGUGUUCAGUUUUGUAUUUCUUCCAACUGCAGAUGUUCGUCUUCAAUAAAAUGUUGGCUGCA